AUGAUCCUUCUCUGCUCUGAGUCUCCUAAUCUUUCUAGAAUGAUGAAGGCACUCCUGAGAGCAUGCCUCCUCUUGGCCCUGCUUUCUCCAGUGGAUCCCCGAGUGCAACUUUCGAAUUGGUGCUCGCCACCCCACUAUUGCUUCUCAGGUGAUUACAGCUUCACUGCAGCAGAUGGCAAAUUCUUUCAGAUGAAGAGGCACUGCUGCAACACUGAUCUGUGUAACAGUGAAACUCUCAGCCUUCCUGAUCGGAACAUGCUGGCUGAAAAUGGUCUGCGGUGUCCAGCCUGCUUCUCCAAAGGAAACAAAAAGUGUAAAAGUGAGAAGACCGUCAACUGCCUUGAGAAUGAGACCAAGUGUGUGGAUUUUAAAGGAGUUUUUACUAGAGCUUUUUUUUCCCACAACAAUUUUUCUUUCCAAGGCUGUGGAACAACAGAUUUUUGUCGCAUCCGAAAAAAAGGAAAGAGAGUUGGAGUAGGGAAAUAUGUCCUUUUAGUUCAGCGAGAAAGAUGUUAUAAUGCUUCACGAAUAUCACACCAGCCUGAACAUGAAGGGUAAUUUGCACAGUGUAGGCAAUGAGGGGAAAUUGGAGGCCUAGUGGUGAAAUUCAGGACUCAGGAAGUCUAGUUCUUUCUUUUUUGCUUUUGGUGGAGAUAAAGGGAAGCAAGUGGUAGAGAAAAAGGGGUCGGAAUUUGGGGGUUCUAACUUCAAAGAGCCCUGUAGUGUAUCAUUAAA